GGGAAAGCGGCGGCGGUGGCGCUUCUUCCCGGACUCUGAGGGGCCGGAGGCGUGGGAGCGUCCGGGGCUGACCGCUCGCGACGCCAUGGACGCAGCCGAGGUGGAGUUCCUGGCCGAGAAGGAGCUGGUCACCAUCAUCCCGAACUUCAGCCUGGACAAGAUCUACCUCAUCGGGGGCGACCUGGGGCCCUUCAACCCCGGCUUACCGGUGCAGGUGCCUCUGUGGCUGGCGGUCAGCCUGAAGCAGAGACAGAAGUGUCGGCUGCUGCCCCCCGAGUGGAUGGACGUGGAAAAGCUGGAGAAGAUUCGGGACCAUGAACGAAAGGAGGACACUUUCACCCCUGUGCCCAGCCCUUACUACAUGGAGCUCACCAAACUUCUGCUGAAUCAUGCUUCAGACAACAUCCCGAAAGCAGAUGAGAUCCGGACCCUGAUCAAGGAUGUGUGGGACACUCGCAUAGCCAAGCUCCGGGUGUCUGCUGACAGCUUCGUGAGGCAGCAGGAGGCACAUGCCAAGCUGGACAACUUGACCUUGAUGGAGAUCAACACCAGUGGGGCGUUCCUCACGCAAGCACUCAAUCACAUGUACAAACUUCGCACGAACCUGCAACCUUCUGACAGCACCCAGUCUCAGGACUUCUAGGCAGAGGCUGGUUUGUCGAGGCCCGCGUCUGCCGGCAGGAGGCUCACUGGACGGUGUGAGUGCUCAGGACGUGACAGAGGUACUCACGUUUCUGGAAUUCUAGAACCACUUUUGAAUGUAUGAAAAAAGCACAGUGAAGCAAGGAAUGGGUUUAUCGCCUUGUUGGAAAGCAACAGGCUUGUGCUUAGUCCUCAAGACAUCCUGUAAUUCCACAUCUGUAUCUGGGAGCCAGCUGUCCUUUUAUGGGGGAAAGAAAAAAGCGUUGGCAAGACAAGUGAUUUCCCUAGCAGAGCCCCGGUCUCCUGUCACACACGGAAUUGUCCUGUGAAGGUGAGGGUCUAAUGAUGUCGGGUAUUGCUUUUAAGACAGAGAUAUAGAGGAUGGUGACGUGGCCGCGGCCUUUUUUUUCCCAUUCUUGAUCCUGAUUUCUUGGGCCAUUCUCCUACAGAGGUUGCUCACACAGAGGACAGCAGAUGAAUGGCUCGUGACAGUGUCCCAUGCUUGUCACCUAAACCCUGAUAUACAAUAAAGAUGGAAUCAACCCAAAUCUCUAUUGGGUUUUUUUCCUGCAUAACUCCCAUGAAAAGAGCAGGCUGAGUGGCUACAAUGAUCUGAUGGAACAAACCGAGAGGGUUAGCAGGCAGCUGUGGACGUCGGCCGGCACUGCGGUGUCUCCUGUCCUCUCGGCUGCUCACCAGCAAGAGGGAAGGCGGGGAAGCGUUAAUUCCAUGUCAUCACGUGAGUGCAGCUGAAAGCAGGAUGCCGGGGGCAAAGUGGGGCCUAUGACAGGGCUCCUGAGGAGCUGAGGGGGAGGCUGUUCUGGGCAGCAGUGGCUCUGGUAAGGGUGGUGUUUUCCCUACACGCAGGUCUCAGCUGUGGCACUGCUCGGUUCCUUACGGAAAGCACAUUACGCCCUGGAGGGGAGUGCCUGCCUAGUCCUGUGAGGAGCAGGUUCAGGAACCAGCUGGUUUCCCACAGUAGCGCUGUCACUCAGAAGCAGUCAUGUGCCGUCUGGAGGGCUUCUGAAGGGUGUACGUGCGUGAUCAACGGGGCCUAAAGAAUAACCACUGGUGUUUCUACCCUUCAGUGUUUCAAAUCCAAACUUAUUUCAAGUUACUAGAGCCCUGUUUCUCUGUCCCAGGGGGGUGCCCAGAUGUCCCUCUAACAAGCAGCUAUUGUUUGAACACUAAAGGGCCGCACAUGGAGGGAUGAAGACCCGGUCUCCAUCAGUUAAGAGAUGACAGGACUUGUCUUUUCAUCUCUCUCAUGCAGAAUCCUUCAGAUUUAGCCUGGGGAAUCUUCUAGAAUGAAACCACAAGUUAUUGAGGUGGUUCGGGAGUCCUGUGUAUCUCAGACCUCACCCAAAUACCCUUCUCUUAAAACCUGGCUGAGGUACAGUCGAAUCUGUCUCCACACUUGACCUGUAAAGCUGUAUAAUUGUUGAGCUCUUAUUUUUACUUUUUGGCCUUAUUUUAACAUAAAAAAAGAUUUUUCUCUUAACAUGAUUCA